CUUCAUAAACAACUCAUUGGAUGAUAUGCAUGUCUAAUAUCCAUCCCUUCUAUAUUUUCUUCAAUAUAUAUGAUUUUUUUUUAUCUAUAAGAAUCAAACACAGAUACAUGUAUCAAACUGCUUAAACAAUUGAAUAAUAACUAUCUUAAUUUCUAAGUUUUCACGUAGGGUUAUUGCAGGAUUUGGCAGAGUAUUAAUGGGCCUUGUAAAGGGAAAGUGGAAGCAAAACAUGAUUUCCAAGGCGUGGGAGGGUUGCCGAUUAACUUCAAGAAGGCCACACUUGAAACUAAAAUCAUUGUCGGAGAAUGAUGAUGAUCAUGAGAAGAAGGGUAGUCAACUAGCCCCUCAUGGUUGUUUUUCAGUGCAUGUUGGACCAGAGAGACAAAGGUUCGUUGUGAAGACCAAAUACGUUAACCACCCACUGUUUCAGAUGCUGCUAGAAGAGACAGAACAGGAAUAUGGGUUCGAGAGUGAUGGUCCCAUUUGGCUUCCCUGCAACGUCGAUUUGUUCUACAAAGUGUUGGCUGAGAUGGAUGGCGAAGAGAAUAAUAAUAACAUCAUUAUCCACGGUUUUCGAAGAAGCUUUAUUACCAUGGCUAAGGUUUUUCCUUUUUUGGUUCUUCGCAGCCCUCCACGUCUUCUUAGUCACAUGAACAAGGGUCAUGGUGCAUACAGCGUUAUGGAUUCGGAAUUGCUCAGAUAAACCGAUUCCAUAAGUAUCUUGUAAGUUCAUAAUUAAUGUAUAUAUAUUUUUUCUUAUCCAUAAGAAUUGAAUAUUUGGUGUAUACUCAAUCAUCUAAGUUAAGCUACGCUCUGUUGUUGUAGAAUAUUUCUGGCUUGUAAAAUCCAACGUGAAAUAUUCACAUGCACCUAAAAGCAAUAAAUUUGUUAGCCUUUUUUAGUU